UGCCCCCUGCCCAGCCCCAUGUCCCCUCAGCCUCUUGCCCUCUUUGCCCUCCUCUCUCCUGCUUGUCCUCCUGGCCGGCAAUCGAAGCAGCAGGGAAAGCUGCAAAGAGCUCCUUUUCUCCCGGCCUCUCGGCUGAUUGGCGGGUGGGCGGGGCUUCCAGGGAGGCCUCCGUGUAGGCCUCAGUGGAGCCUGAACUGGAGUCGGCUUGCAGGGAGGCCCCAAGCAAGGAAGGCAGGCAGGAGGCAGGGAGGCAGAGUGGCCCCCACAGCUCUCUGCAGCAGACCCUCUGCCCAGCCCAGCAUCUGCCAGGUGUUCCUGAGAACCCCAGCCCUGUCCCCCCUCCUGCUUUCCCCACCCCACUCCCUACCUCCCCACCCCACCUCCCCCCUAUGCUCCACACUCCCCCUCCCAGUCUCCCCCUCCCUCCCCCUAACUGAAAAGACAUCACCCGCAGCCCCCUCCCCUCCCCUCCCUGACCUCUCCACCGUAGUAGUCGAGCCUCAGGAGACCCCCUCCACCACAUCCUCCUCCACAUCCUCCUCCACCUCCAAGGAAGAGGUGAUAGUGGUGGAAUUCUUCAGUGACCUCCAGGACCAGGCCACGGAGAAGGGUGGUCCUGAGAACCCCAGCCCUGUCCCCACUCCUGCUUCCCCCACCCACAGACCCCAAUCCCUACCUCCCCACCCCACCUCCCCCUUAUGCACCCACCUCACCAUCCCAGUCUCCCCCUCCAUCCCUCUUCUUCUAACGGAGGACACAUCACCCCCAGUCCGAUCCCAUCCCAUCCCUGACCUCUCCACCGACCUCUCCACCUUAGUAUUCCAGCCCCAGGAGACCCCCUCCACCACAUCCGAGGAGGAGGAGGUGAUAAUUUCGAGUAUCUUUUUCAAUGACUUCCUGGGCCAGUACAUGGAACCCCAGGAGACCCCCUCCACCACAUCAGCAUCAACUGUCAGCACCUAGGUGAUGGCGGCAAUGGACCUAUUGAGCGACCUCCAGGUCCAGUACACAGAGAAGCAAAAGAGGAUCAAGCGUCUCUCGGAGAUCUUCAUGGGCUCCUUGGGGACCCUGCAGUGGCAGAUCGUCUACGCCAGGAAGAGAAUCGAAGUAGCUGAAGAGCGUCUGUGGAGGGAAAGAGCAGCAGGUGUUCCUGAGAACCCCAGCCCUGUCCCCCCUCCUCCUCCCCCCACCCACCAACCCCAAUCCCUACCUACCCACACCACCUCCCCUCUAUGCUCCCACCUCCCCAUCCCAGUCUCCCCCUCCCUCCCUCUUCUUCUAACUGAGGACACAUCACGCUCAGCCCGCUCCCAUCCCAUCCCUGACGUCUCCACCGACCUCUCUACCAUAGUCGUCCAGCCCCAGGAGACCCCCUCCACCACAUCCGAGGAGGAGGAGGUCAUAAUUUCAAGUGUCUUCUUCAAUGACUUCCCGGGCCAGUACACGGAGCACCAGGAGACACCCUCCACCACGUCAGCAUCAUCUGUCAGCGCAGAGGCGAUGGCUGCGAUGGACCUCCUGAGUGACCUCCAGGUCCAGUACACGGAAAAGCAAAAGAGGAUCAAGCGUCUCUCAGAGAUCUUCAUGGGCUCCUUGGGGACCCUCUCCUGCUGUUGCUCCCCCGCAACUGGGAUUGAGAGGCAUCCAAAUGAUAUACCCAUGCAAAUCAUCCGCGCUGGGAAGGCAGUCUAACCUCAAAACUAAGGAACCACAGUGCAGCCAUCUUAAUUCUCUCCCAACACUGGAAACUAAGGGGUAAUUCCCCCAGCAUCUUUCUGCAUAAAGAAAUAACUUUUGCCUCUUAAGGAGUAAAUUUGCUGCAGCUGCUGGCAUCUUACUCUUCCUCCUUUAGAGAAACCUAGAUAAGAGGCAAGGGAUGGGAAACAGAAUAAGCUAUGAAUAUCGGAUGUUGGGAAACUGAUAUGAGUUAAGGGAUUGUCCAUUGUUUCAUCCCAAUGUCAGCAAAAGUGGAUUUGUGCUGAUGAUUGGCUUUGGAUCUGUGCUGAUGAUAGGCUUUGCAUUCCUUCUAAGACUGUUGUUACACGAUGAUAAGAUGACUAAGCCACACUCUGUAUAAAUACUUCCCUGUAACUGGGGGUCUUCGCUCUCGAUUUGGGUGCGCCCCGAAAGCCUUACUUGCUAGCAGUAA